UUUUAUUGAAUAUCUCCACUUCAAAAUUCUAUAAAUACUAUGUUCCAUUGUGUCCUCAAAUAUUAGUCACAUUAAUUUCUUCUCACUAUCUCUCAUAUAAAACAUAAAUAUAAUAGAGUUCAUUUGUUCAUCAUCUAUAUUUGUUCAUCAUCUUCAUUUGUUCAUCAUAAAUAGAAAAGUUUCGAUGGAGUUGCGCAUCUUACCGAUUGUCACUUUUCUACAUCUAGCAAUACUUACAAGCCAUGUAACAUUAUCCCAAUCAGAAGGUGAAAUGUCCAAUAGUAAUUCAGCAUAUUCUUCAGAGUCUCACUCAUCAUCCAGCUCAAGCUCGAGUUUCUCCAGCAGCUUUCAUAAGCAAGAAGAAUAUUGGAAGGAACAUUUAGGAGAAAAUACAAAAAUGCCAAAGGCUAUCAAAGAUUCCUUGAAUGAAAAUAGCAAUCAAGAAGGUAAUGCACAAUUGGACGGAAACUCAAUGAUUAAAUUUAAAAGUUACGUUGGAGCCAGAGAUUCCGGAAACUCCGAUUUUAAUACAAAUAAAGAAGUAGGAAUUGGUGAUGCAAAUGAUGGACAUUUUAGUUCUUCAUCAUCAAGUCAAGCGUCGAGUAAGUGGUCGGGUGAACAUUCUAGCCAAUUCUCAAGGUCUCAUCAAGCUUAUAAUCAAGCAUCAACUCAGGAUUCUGGAAAAUAUUCAAGUCAUGUGUCUGGCCAUCACUCAAGUCAAGCAUCAGAGUCAUCACAAUACUCAAGUAAAGGGUCUAAUCAUUCUUCUAAUAUGUCAACUCAAGAAUCAAGCCCAACUACGAGUCCAACAGAAGGAACAAAUCAAGUUGAUGAUCAAUCCUCUACAACAUCUUCAGGUCCAACACCAAGUAUAUCUCCAGAAAAAGGAUCAACCAAAGCCUCAAGUCAAACAUCAGAAUCAAACCAAUCAUCUUAUGAAGAUUUCAAUAAAUCUUCUACAACACCUCCAACCCACGAAUCUAAUGAAUCGUCGGGAACAUUAGUUAAUCAAGACACAAAUCAAGCCUCAAUGUCAAACCAAACAUCAAGUUCAUCUCAAGCCUCUGGUAAAGAAAAGAAGAAACCUUCAAACAUAUAUCCGGAAAAUGAAUACAACAAAUCCAUCGAAAAAACAUCCAAAGAUACAUCAACCGAAAACUCCACUCAAGCAUCAAGUGAAGCAUCAAACAAAUCUUUUGAAAAUGCAUCUGAACAAGGGUCUAACCAAGAAUUAAACAUGAAUUCUGAUCACAAAUCAGAACAAUAUCCCGAGUCAACUAAAGUAUCAAGUAAAAAUUCAAAUGAAGGAUCCGACCAAGAAUCAAGGAAACACUCAAGUCACGGAUUUGAACAAGCCUCGAGCAACAACUCUAGCCAAAACUCUGGAAAGGCCUUAGACCAUGGCUUUAAUGAAAGAUCUAACCAAACAUAUGGUAGUCAAUCUAGUCAAGAAUCCAAAAAAGAUUCAAACAAACAUUCUAGCGAAGCAUUCAAUGAAUCCUCAAACCAACACUCUAGUAAGGGACAUGAGCAAGCGUCAAGCAACCAGUCUAUCCAUGCCUCUGGAGAAGACUCAAACCAACAUUCUACUGAAGAGUCAAAUAAAGUAUCUAGUCAAGGAUCUAAAAAAGUCUCAAGCAACCACUCUAGCCAAGCAUCCGGUGAAGCUUUAAGCAAACAUUCUGAUCAAGGAUCUGAACAAACCUCACAUAAUCAGUCAAGAAAACACUCUAAUGAAGGAACCAAUCAAACGUCUAACCAACACUCUAGUCAAAUAUCAGAACAAGUAUCAAGACAACACUUUAAUCAAGCACCAAAUGAAGCAUCAAGCCAACGCUCUAGUGAAGCACUUGAUGAAUCCUCAAAACAACACUCUACCCAAAAUUCUCAACAAGUCUCAAGCCAAUAUACUAAAGAAGAAGCUAAGAAAACCUCAAGUCAAUACAGUGGCCAAGCAUCCCAACAAGGUUCAAACCAACUAUCAGAUGAUGCACUUAAUAAUGUCACAAGACAAAACUCUAAGAAAAAUUAUGGAAAUAAUUCAAGCCAACUAUCUAGGAUAACAUCCAGUCAAUCAAAGCAACACUCUAACAAAGAGUUCGAGGAAUCAUCCAACAAAGCCUCAAGUCAACACUUAAAUCAAGGAUCUGAACAAGCCUUAAACCAUCAUUAUAAUCAAUCAUCUACUGAAGACUCAAGUCGACACUCUAGUGAAGCAUUAAGUCAUGAUGCAACUCAAAACUCCAACCAAGCAUUCGAUAAUGCAUCAAAACGAUAUUCUAGCCAAUAUUCUGGGCAAUCAACUAGCAACGCCUCAAGUCAACACUCUAAAGAAGGAUUCAAUCACGCUUCAAUCCAACAUUCUAGUCAAGCAUCUGAACGAUCCUCGGACCACCAGUAUAGCCAAGCACCUAGUGAAACCUCCACUCAAAAUUUAGGUGAAUCAAAUGGUGAUUUCUCAAACCAAAGUUCGAGUCAAGCUUCUCAACUAUCUCCAAGACAACAAGCUAGUAAAACAUCUAAUUUGGAUUCAAGUGAAAACUCUAGAAAAUCAUCCCAACAAGGCUCAAGCCAAGAUUUAAAUCAAGUAUCAAAGAAAGGCACUGGCCAAAACUCUAGACAAGAAUCUAGUGCAUCCGGAAGCCAACAUUCAAGCCAAGCCUCGAAAAAAACAUCAAAACAACACUUUAGCGAGAGUUCCGGGAAAUCAUCUGGUGAAUUCUCAAGUCAAGGCUCUAACAAAGGAUAUGAUCAAAUAUCUAGCAAACAUUAUGGUCACGGAUCGAAACAAGACUCUUACCACCACUCUAGCCAACACUCAAGUGAAGCAUCCGGUGAAUACUCAAACAAACACUCUAGCCAAGUUUCCCAACAAGUCUUAAGCCAACAAGGUAUUUAUAAUCAUGCCUCAAGAAAACAUUUCAACCAUGACUCUAGACAAUCCUCUAGUCAAUCUUCAGGACAAUCCUCAAGUUCUAGUAGUAAGGGCCUUUAUGGUCCCCCUAGAUCAUCAGUCGUAGACAUGACAAAAAACUAUGGUGCACCUAUUGGAUCACCAACAAGCGUGGAAGAAUCCGCCUCUGAUAAAGGUACCCAAUCCAUGGAAGAAGACAUUUCUUCCAUUGAGGAUUCUAUUGCUUCUCUAUUCUUUUUAGAGGAAGACUUAAGCCUAGGGAAGAAAAUGAGCCUCCACUUCAUAAAGUCAACUAAUCCAACCACCUUUCUUACUCGGGAUAUGGUUGAGAAGUUGCACUUCUCCCUCGCCAAUUUACCUGAAAUUUUAAAACACUUUAACUUAAAACAAAAUUCACUGGAGGCCACAAUGAUGGAUGAAACCCUACAUUAUUGCGAGGACGACAAGGGUGGUGACAAGUGUUGCUACUCUUUGGAGUCAAUGGUCGAUUUUGCCACCUCUAUUAUAGGGAAACAAGUUAAGGCAAUCUCGGCAAACAUCGAUAAAGAUAUCAUGAUGGAGUACAAAGUACAAGGAAUCAAGAAGCUUCCAUGUGGCGCUCAAGCAAUAAUUUGUCAUAAGAUCCCUUUCCCUUGUGCAGUGUUCUAUUGCAAAAAGACGGAGAAAAUGGAUGUGUACAUAACAACGUUGGCAGGUUCCGACGGAUCCAUGUUAAACGCACCCGCGGUUUGUCACAGAAAAUCCAACUCAGAAGAUCAUACUCAUUCCCUAUCCCUCCAAUCCGAGUCUAAGACUUGCGCUAUUUGUCAUUUUCUACUUGAUGAUGAUGUAUUAUGGAUUGCUAAGUAA